AUGGGAAGGUUCAUCAAGUCGAACGCCAUCAAAUUCACUAAACUCGGCGAUCCCAGAGAAGUGAGUAAACCAUUUCUAGCAGGGUUAUCAGUAAAAAUUUAUGAUCACUCACUAAAAUUGUUUCUUUUCAGACUUUGUCAUUGACAACUGAAGAAGUAGACACUGAUUUAAAGGAAGGGGAAGUCCUCGUCAGAUGGAUUGCCUGUCCAGUCAAUCCGGCCGAUAUUAAUAUAGCCAGAGGGGUCUAUUUCUAUAAGAGGUUGCCCCCCGCAUCCUUGGGGAUUGAUGGAUUUGGAGUUAUCGAGAAAGUAAGCCAGCAAACUAUUCUCUUUAUAUCCUGUUUCAAGAAAUAUAGGCUCGUAAGAUGUUUUGAUAUCAUUUUAGAUUGGCCCUGGAGUAAAAUAUGUGGAUGUUAAUGACCAUGUGAUGCCCUUACACCCGCAUAUCCAGGGAGGAUACUGGCGAGAAUUUCAGGUUCUCCAAGCACUUGGUCUUUACAAAUUAAACAAGAGAUUACCAUUAGAAGCGAAGGCGACUUUAACAGCCAACGCCGCUACUGCCUACUUGAUGUUAAAGUUGUUUGUUCCGCUUGAGAAAGGAGAUUAUGUUCUUCAAAAUGCUGCAAAUUCUCAAGUCGGGAGAGCGGUCAUCGAUAUAUGCAAAGGUAACAUGUCUUUGCAGGUAUCCUUUUACAGUAUUAAUAUGAUUAUUUCAGCUUUUGGAUACAAAACUAUAAAUGUAAUCAGAUAUCGGAUAAAUGUGGACAAAUUAAAGCAAGAAUUACUUGAUUUGGGAGGGGACUAUGUCUUCACAGAAGCCGAAUUCAAAGAAAACGGCCGAAAAUUCGUCAACUCGUUGGAUCGUCCACUGAAAUUGUCGAUAAAUGGAGUAGGCGGAAAGAGUUCGAUUCCCAUUUCAGCCAAUCUAGCCAAAUUUGGGACAAUGCUGGUGUAUGGAGGAAUGAGUUUGAAGCCGCAUGAAAUCCUGACUUCAUCUUUGGUUUUCAAGAGUAUUAAAGUCAUCGGAUUCCAAUUAUUUGAUUACUUUGGAGUAGAGCAGGAUGAUUUCAGAAGAAGAACAUACGAUGAGCUCACUGUAAGAUUCAUCCAUGAAUAUCCAGUCGGUUUAGGAAUUAUUUUUGGCCGGCAAGUUACAUGUGAGUCCGAUGGAAAAAGUGCCAAUGGAAAAUUUCAAGGAGGCCGUGGCUAAAACCAUGGCUGGAAGUCAUUUAAAACAGCUUUUAAUGAUCUCCAACGAGCACGCAAGUAGUCAUAUUUAA